CAAUUGCAAUUUAGUUUCAUCCAAGAAGCGCUCGAGAUAUCGUCAUGGCUGUGAUUCGUGCGAGUUGUUUGUUGGUCGUCUUGCUGGUCGUCGGUCAUGGUACGGCGGCACCUGCCCCUGCUCCCGUCAAGGCUGAGGGACGCACUUUUGGCCUCUUGGGCGGCGGCUUCGGUGGUAGCGUUGGGCUCAGUGCUGGAGUUGGCCUAGGCGGAGGCCUGUACAGUGGCUUUGGAGGCGGCGGCUACCCAGGUGGCUAUGCUGGUGGCUAUCCUGGAGGCUACGGGGGCGGAUACUCUGGAUAUCCUGGAGGCUACGGUGGUGGCUACUCCGGCUAUCCAGGCGCUGGAUACUCUGGCUAUGGACAUCGACCCCAUCAUCACGGAGGAUUCUAUCCUGGCGGCGGCUCAUACUACAACCAGGGCGGAUCCUACGGCGGUCACUACAGUCAGUCGCAAUACUCCAAUGGCUAUCACAAUGGAGGCUAUGGUGGUGGAGGUUUCUUCGGUUAAACGUGCCACCUCUGCUGAGACUGUGAUCCAUCAGCCCGCCAUUAUUUUUACAAGUACUCGUACCUGCCUCGCCGGAGAUUGUAAAAUCAAAAUAACAACCGAAAUAUUAAGCUCAAAAUCCGGUUUCUCUUGGGGGAAUACAUGUAUCUACCAUUGUC